CAAGCAAUGGCGGCUCCUAGGUGUACAAGAUUUGUUUUUGGCUCUGUGAGGGGGAUACAUAUUACAACCCCGAGAACCUUCCCCCAGACAUUUUCACGAAGCAAAUCCUCGAGAGCGAGGAACGACGAUGACGAACUCCGUGAGCCAAAAGGGGCGGUGGAUAAAGCUCCGAAGGAGAAUAUGACAUUAGAGGAGCAAUUGGAGGAUAUGGGAGUUAACGAGGAAGAAUACAAGCAGUUAUGGAGAAGCAUGCAAGAAGUUACCAAAAAGCAGAAAGAAUGGGAACCCUUGACACAGGAGGAUGCGAAGAGGAAGUGGAAGAAGAUGAGGAACUCUCCAGAUCACCUCACGUUAUUGCACAUGUACAAGCAUCAAGGCAUUGAGGCAAUCAAGCUGGCGAAGGAACGAGGCAUCGAGCUCCCCGGAGGCGAAAAACCACCCGCAGACCCCAAAAUCCAGAAAGAACUUGACGCGCUCCGCAAACCCCUCAACAUCCGGGCUGUCAACCUUCGACCCCUCCGCCGCUCGCCGCAACAUGGCAUUCCAGUCUGUGAUCUCCAGCUCCGCACAUACUCGAUCCGAAACAUGGAGUUCUUCGCCGAUUUCGCCAUGCGCGCAGCAUACUACAUGGGUCUACCCGCCCGCGGUCCCAUUCCUCUUCCCCGAAUCACCGAACGCUGGACAGUCCCCCGCGCAAACUUUAUCUUCAAGAAAUCGCAAGAGAAUUUCGAGCGUAUCACCAUGCGCCGCCUCAUCCAAAUCCAAGACGGCCAUCCGGAUGUCGUGAAAGCGUGGCUAGCAUUUCUGUCGAAAUACCAGUACCACGGGAUUGGUAUGAAGGCGAAUAUCUGGGAGUUUGAGAGUCUGGAGGAUGCGACGCAGGUUGGGAAGCCGGUUAAGGAGGGCGAUUAUGAGGGCAGGAGGGAGGGACCGAUGCUGGAGAAGGUUAAUGAGAUUUUAGGAGGGCAGGGGUUUAAGGAAGCGAUGAAGGAUUUUAAGAGUCCGGUUGAGUUGAGAGCGUAGGAGAAAACGCGUGUACGAUAUGUACUGAGUGGUUGAACAGUGCUAAAUAAUUCAUGGUUAGUAUCUGGUUGGCUGUUCCUGUCGUGUAUACGG